AUGUUUAUGCAGACUCUGUGGAGUCUGAACUCCGACGACGGCAAGCCAUGGGGAUGGGAUCAACCACUACCACCAUCUCUGACCACGUAUUGGCAAAACUACUAUGCGCAAUUACCUGUCCUUGAUCAGCUUCGAAUCCCACGAUGCGUCGUGCUUCCCGAAUUUGAAUCCAUCCAGCUACACCUGUUUUCUGACGCUUCAGAAAACGCCUACGGGGCCUGUGCCUACUUCCGAUCAAAGGACUCAUCAGGUUCUAUUUCCGUCGGCCUUCUCACGGCCAAAUCCAAAGUCGCUCCUUUGAAAAAACGUAGUAUUCCCCGGCUGGAACUUUGUGAGGCUCUCGAGGCUGCCCAAUUGUAUCAAAAAAUCUCCUCAACCUUCGGAAAGAAGUUCGAAACCUUUUUCUGGGUCGACUCAACCACGGUGCUCGCCUGGCUGAAGGCAACUCCCUCAGUUUGGACAACUUUCGUGGCCAAUCGGGUUUCAAAAAUCCAGCUUGCAACAGUCGGCGCUUCCUGGAAUCCUGUUGCUGGUCAAGAGAACCCUGCUGACCAUUUGUCUCGAGGAAUCGACGCAAAAACGCUGAUCUCCUGUAAACUGUGGUGGAAUGGACCAAAUUGGCUUCGGUCCGAUGACUUUUUGCAGCUAACAUCGCCAUCAAGCACCUCCUUCGAGACCCAUCUAGAAUUCCGCACAUCCAAACCGGUCGGCCUAACCGCCUCAGCAGACAGUUCCUUCAUCGAUUCCUUCGUUGGCCGAUUCUCGAAGUACCAAACCAUGCUGCGCGUCACAGCAUUCUGCCUCAGGUUGUCACGCAAGUCUCGAAGCGCAGAAGCAAGAAAAAGAUCGUUCCUCUCAGCAACGGAAAUUCGCGAUGCCGAAAAUGCUCUCAUACGAUUGGUGCAAGCUCGAGAGUUCUCCGAGCACGUAGCAGCUCUUCAAACAUCGAAGCCAGCUCCAAUCAGGUCCCAACUCCGAUGGUUUACUCCGUUCCUGGAUGCAGAUCGCCUGAUGCGUGUUGGAGGACGAAUCGACAAAUCAGCGCUAAAUUACGACGCCAAGCACCAAAUUCUUCUUCCGUACAAUCAUCGGUUCUCCGCCCUGCUGGUGGAGUGCUUUCAUGAAAGGCAUUUGCAUGCAGCACCUCAAUUGCUACUUGGAAUCCUUCGAUUGCGGUACUGGAUCACAGGGGCCAGAAAGCUGGCCAGAACGAUUGUUCAUCGCUGCAUAAUUUGCGUCCGAGCUCGCCCUAAAUUGGUUGAACAAUUCAUGGCAGAGCUACCAAAGGAACGCGUAAUUGCCGCCCGACCCUUUUCGGUUUCCGGUGUCGAUUAUUGGGGCCCGAUCCUGCUCAAACCUCCUCAUCGUCGAGCAGCCCCAAUCAAGGCAUUUGUAGCGGUGUUCGUCUGCUUUACUACGAAGGCUGUCCAUAUCGAACUCGUUUUCGACUUAACGACAGCCAAAUUCAUCCAGGCUCUUCGUCGCUUCGUGUCCCGCCGAGGCCCACCAUCAGACAUCUACAGCGACAACGGAAGAAACUUUCUUGGUGCCAGCAAUGAAUUGCGCAAACUUCUUCGGUCGUCUGAGCACUCUAAAGGAGUUUCAAUCGAGUGCUCCGAUUGCAAUAUCAGGUGGCAUUUUAAUCCACCACGAGCUUCUCACUUCGGCGGAUUAUGGGAAUCCGCAAUCAACUCUGCGCAAAAACAUUUUCUCCGAGUUGUCCGUGAUAGACCGCUGGCUUAUGACGAUAUGGACACAUUAUUGUGCCAGAUAGAGUGCUGCCUCAACUCCCGCCCGAUUACUCCACUGAGCGAUGAUCCGACGGAUUUCGAGCCACUUACUCCAGGGCAUUUUCUGGUGGGUACGUCCCUGAAAUCCGUUCCAGAUGAGAACUUGCAUGACAUCCCUUCGAAUUAUCUGCGGAAGUGGCAGCAAACUCAGCAGCUGCUGCAGGACAUCUGGCGUCGAUGGCACCUAGAAUAUUUGUCCUCAUUAGCACAAAGAGCAAAGUGGCAUAACUCACCUGUGAUACUAAGAGAAAACCAGCUCGUUCUUCUGAAGGAGGAUGGAACUCCACCAAUCCGCUGGCCGACGGCCAGAAUCACAAAAUUGCAUCCAGGGACUGAUGGCAUCACGAGAGUCGUCACUCUGCAGACCCCAAAGGGCUCUUGUACCCGUCCGGUGGCGAAAGUUUGCCUUUUGCCCAUUGCAUCAUCAGCGGAGGAAAGUGAAAAACCGCCCGCCGCUGACCAAUAA